GGCCCGAUGCCGUCGUUUACCCUGCACCUUUAUGGGGCUGGGGUAGAGCAUCUUCUUGCUCAUAAUUCUCUUCCUAUAAAUAAAUUAAUCAACCACAAGCAAAACCAUAUUUGUAUAGAAUGGCAGGUGAAUAUGGAGUUGAUGCAGAGUAUGUUAAGGAAAUCGACAAGACUCGUCGUGACCUUCGUUCUCUUAUCUCCAGCAAAAACUGCGCUCCUCUCAUGCUUCGAUUAGCGUGGCAUGAUGCUGGUACCUACGAUGAAAAAACAAGAACAGGGGGUCCAAAUGGUUCUAUCAGAAAUCAAUUAGAGCUUAAUCAUGCUGCUAACAAGGGUUUGAAAACAGCAGUUGAAUUAUGUGAGGAAGUGAAGGUUAAACACCCCAAAAUUUCAUAUGCGGAUCUUUACCAGCUAGCUGGUGUUGUAGCAGUAGAGAUCACUGGUGGUCCAACUAUUCACUUUGUUCCUGGCAGAAAGGAUUCAUUGGAAUCUCCACAAGAAGGUCGACUUCCAGAUGCCAAACAAGGUGCAUCACAUUUAAGGGAAAUCUUUUAUCGCAUGGGUCUCACUGAUAAAGACAUUGUAGCUCUCUCUGGAGGCCACACUUUGGGUAAGGCACAUAAAGAUCGCUCUGACUUUGAAGGUCCAUGGACAAGAGACCCUCUUAAAUUUGAUAACUCAUAUUUUGUGGAACUAUUGAAAUCGGAAUCAGAAGACUUAUUAAAGCUUCCCACGGAUAAAGCUCUAGUUGAAGAUCCCGAAUUCGGCAAGUAUGUUGAACUCUAUGCUAAGGAUGAGGAUGCAUUUUUCAGAGAUUAUGCAACAUCACACAAGAAACUCUCUGAACUAGGCUUCAAACCCAAAUGCAAUUUUCGUUCCAAUUUGGCCAAGGGAGUUCUAGGAUUUGUUAUUGGCUCAACCGUUGUGAUCCUUGGUUACUUACUUGAGCUCAACAAGAAAAUUGAUUGAAACAUGCAUUGUUACAAAAAAAAAAUCUUUAUUUGUUCCCCAUAAAAACAUAUACUAUCAUUUAUAAGUUGUGAAUUUCAGAACCAUUCAUAUAAUAUACUGCUACAAAUGUAAUUUACAUUUUAUUA